AUUUGGAUUGCUUGUAGAUAUAACUGGGAUAGCGUGACCUUAGCUUUUUGGUUACGAUAUCCUAACCCUUUCGCCUCACACGUUGAAAGCGUUGACGUGAUAGAUAGGUAUGUUGAUCCGAAGACUGGUGUAUUAAGGACCACAAGAUUAAUCUUGAAACGAGGUGUUUUGCCAAAAUGGGGAAAGGGGUUAAUUAAAAAACCUGAAGCAUAUAUUAUUGAAGAAUCGCUGAUCAACCCAAAGACCCAAACGAUGAUUACACUUACGAAAAAUAUAACACAUGCACGCCUAAUGCAAGUUGAAGAGUGGCAAACUUUUCGAGUCGACCCUAAUAAUCGCGAAUUCACUCAAGUUAAAACUGAAGCCAGGGUAAUUAGUAAUUUUGGAUGGGGAUUAACAGAACGAGUUGAAGGUUUUGGAAUAAAGAAAUUUGCAGAUAGCGCCACAAAG